AUGUGUGCCGGCACAGCCAAUCACCGCCGCGGGGAGCGCUGGGGUCCGCCCGCGGGCGCCGCCGCGAUUGGCCGCGCGUGGCCGAGUGAGGUGACAAUGGGGCCGACGGCAGGCAGGCGGGACCGCCGUCCGCCGGGACGGAGGGGCUUUUUGCGCAGCGCCCAGCGGGCAGGCAGCAAGGCGCGAGGGGGCGGGGGGGGCUCGAAUCAGCGCCGGCCCGGGGAGGCGGGGCCGCGCCGACGGCACGUCGCGAGGCUUGUCGGACAGGCCGAACAGCCAAUGGGAGGUGACGGGGCGGUCAGGGCCGCGCGCAGCGGGUGUGGCCGGGGGCGGGCGCAAGCAGAGCCAGCGCUCGCUUGGCGGAUUGGAAACUGGGGAGAAGGUGGAAGUUACCUGCAGAAGACUGUUGUUAACUGCCGUGAGAAUCUGGAAGGAUUUCAGAUCAUGACAGUGAAAGCUGUGGAGGAGAGGGGCUGUAAAACUCUAGUUUGCUUGCUGGGAUGCACCUGUGAGUGUGUAAUAGGGUAUUGCAAUCCAAGAGGUUUACUUGAUUUCUCUCUGCCAUCUGUUUUGUGCUUAGGUGACUGCCAGCUGCAAACACCUUGUCGAAUCCAGAAGUGCACCACCGAUUUCGUAUCCUUAACUUCACAUCUAAACUCGGGUCUUGAGGGCUUUGACUUGGAGUUCUGCAAGGCCCUGCGAGCAUACUCUGCCUGUACCUAUCGCAAUUCCAAAGUAUGCCGUGGAAAUCUAGUCUACCAUUCUGCAGUGCUUGGGAUCAGCGACCUCAUGAGCCAGAGAAAUUGUUCCAAAGAUGGACCCACAUCCUCCACUAACCCUGAAGUGACCCAUGAUCCCUGCAAUUACAGUAGCCACACAGAAGCCAGAGAACAUCAGGGAGGGGAGAAGACUCCUCCUACUACUUACCUAUUUUGUGGCUUGUUUGGUGAUCCUCAUCUGAGGACUUUUAAGGAUCACUUCCAGACAUGCAAAGUGGAAGGUGCUUGGCCCCUCAUAGACAAUAACUACUUAUCAGUGCAAGUGACCAAUGUGCCUGUGGUCCCAGGAUCCAGUGCUACUGCUACAAAUAAGAUAACUGUUAUCUUUAAAUCAUACCAAGACUGUACAGAUCAGAAAGUAUAUCAAGCAGUGACUGAUGACUUGCCUGCAGCUUUUGUUGAUGGUACAACAAGUGGAGGUGAUGGGAACACCAAGAGCUUGCGAAUUGUGGAGAAAGUCAGUGGCAAAUACAUCGAAAUGCAUGCCAGGUACAUUGGGACCACCAUGUAUAUACGCCAGCUUGGGCACUACUUAACAUUGGCCAUUCGCAUGCCUCAAGAAUUGGUGAUGGCCUAUGAGGAGAGCCAGGAUCUGCAGCUCUGUGUGAACGGUUGCCCUUCAAGUGAACGUAUUGAUGAUAGUGGCCACUUACCAUUGCCUGUAAUAGGGCAGUUGCUCCCUCAGGGUGGUGCUGCUCAUCCCUGGUCAGUGUACACACUGGAAAGUGCCACCACGAAAUGCUAUGAGAAGAUGCUGGUGAAGGACAUCUAUUUUUACUCAUGUGUAUUUGACCUACUCACCACUGGUGACGCUAACUUCACAACUGCUGCUCACAGUGCCUUGCAGGAUGUGGAGGCACUGCACCCCAGAAAAGAGCACUGGCAUAUCUUUCCCAGCAGUGGAGGUGUGGGCAAGGGUAGCAAAGUAUUUGUCAGUGUUGGACUUGUGUGCUUGAUCCUUAUUGCAUUUUUGUAGGGUUUUUUUGCUUCUAACAAAAUUUUGAAAUAUAUAUUGUCAUAAUAUAUUGAGUAAAGAUGAGUGUAUAUGUAUAUACCAUGUAUAUGAAGGGAUGUUUUGUUUUGGGACACCCAACAGAUUGUACAUACUGUGUUAACUGUUUUCAUGUAUGUUUGAUGUAGUAUUCUUUGUAUCUAUUUGUUUUGCAGUUGGUGAAAUGUUUUAUAAUGUCCCUGCAUGGGGACCUGAUAGAAAGCACUUUAUUUUUUAUAUAUUAAAUAUUUAUGUGUGUAUCUGAGUAACUAUGUAUUAUUCAUAUAAACUUGUACAUACAAUACUCAGCGCUCCCUGUAAGUACUACUUGGUUUAAC